CUCUCUUACCACCAAAUUCAUAUCUUCUGUCCAUUUUCCAGUCAUCGCCCCAAGCCCCAGGUUCUUGAAUCUUUAUAAAUACUCACAGCCCCCCAAAUUAUCUGUUUCUUUCCCUCUCUUUGCUUCUCUCGAUAUAGCGACAUCCGGAAAUGAAGGGAUCAAAUGUUUUCUCUAAUAUUCUCCCCAUCCAACUUCUCUUCAUUCUCCUUUGUCUCUUCAUUGCCGGUUCUUCCUGUCUCAAGAUAGGGGAGACAUGUUCAUCUAACAGCACCUGUGAUGCCGGAUUAAGCUGUCAAAGUUGUUCUGCUAAUGGAAAUACCCGACAGAGAUGCACCAAGAUCCAGCCAUUGAGUCCAACAUCGAAAGUCAAAGGUCUGGCAUUCAAUAAGUAUUCAUGGUUAACGACACACAACUCUUUUGCUCUAACGAAUGCUCAAUCAUAUACGGGUUCUGCUUUGAUCUCAACUAGAAAUCAAGAAGACACGGUUACGAGUCAACUUAAGAAUGGGGUUCGAGGACUUAUGCUAGAUAUGUAUGAUUUCAUGAAUGACAUCUGGUUAUGUCACUCCUUCAACGGCAACUGUUACAACUACACAGCUUUCCAACCUGCGAUUGAUGUGUUGAAAGAGAUUGAAACCUUUUUGGCUGCAAAUCCAUCAGAGAUUGUCACUAUUUUUAUUGAGGAUUAUGUGACAUCCCCACAAGGCUUGACCAAGGUUUUUAAUGCAUCUGGCCUAGGCAUAUAUUGGUUUCCUGUAUCAAAGAUGCCUAAAAAUGGUGAAGAUUGGCCAACUGUUGAUGAAAUGGUCCAGCAGAAUCAGCGUUUAGUGGUCUUCACUUCCAAAUCAAGUAAAGAGGCUACUGAGGGAAUUGCCUACAAUUGGAAAUAUGUAGUAGAAAAUCAAUAUGGAGAUGAUGGGAUGAAAGCAGGUUCAUGUCCAAAUCGAGCCGAAUCAUCUCCUAUGAACACAACAACGAUAUCCUUGGUUCUUCAGAAUUACUUUCCAACUAAUCCAAAUGCAAGUGGAGUUUGCUUGGACAAUUCAGCUCCACUAAUUAGCAUGACCAACACUUGCUAUGAAGCAGCUGGCAAACGUUGGCCAAACUUCAUUACUGUUGAUUUUUAUCAGAGGAGUGAUGGUGGUGGAGCCCCAGAAGCUGUGGAUGAAGCAAAUGGACACCUCACUUGUGGAUGUGACAAUAUUGCCUAUUGCAGAGCGAACGCUACAUUUGGUACAUGUGAUGUUCCACCAACUGCUCCCCCUCCACCUGCUGCCGCUGCUUCUGGGGGAGACUCACAAGUUCCCUCCAACAUUGCUUCUUUGGAUAGCAAACCGGUCCACCUAUGGUGGUUGUUGGGGGCAAUUUCGAUGAUGACUCUCCUACUGUGAUUGUAAUUAUGCUGAUUUGCUCAUUUAGAAAUAUUUUUUGUCCUAACUUGUCCUCGUAUCAUAAUAAUAUCCAUUAUACACGCCGUAUUAUUUGAUGAUUAUUGGCAUUGAUUUGUCGGUGCAUGGCAAACCAUUAAUUAGCAAAUUAUGUUGAAGCA